CCGUAUAAACUUGCCUUGAUAGCCGGGAAAGCUUCGACAUUGGCACAGACUGUCAAUUUUUUUACACACCUGUAGUAUGGCACUGGUCUAUCCGUAUUCCGUAUAAACCUCCCUCAUAACGAAAAGCCUCGACAUUGUAGUAUGAUCUGAAAAACAACCUCAAGAGUGCAGUAAUCCAUUAAAUGUGUUAAAAUGACUGCCAUAUCACCGACUUAGGUGAUAGUGCAACAACACUACACUAUUGGUAUGGUUGACCCGGAAGCAGUUGAUCCUUGUCCUACAACCCGGUAUAUCGGAAAACCCAAUGCAGUGCGUAACUGGCGUCUCGAAUACAAUAGCGAAACGCACCGCUAAAACCCUGAAAAUUGGUCAACUUUCAGGCGUAAUUACUUGACUUCUAACUGCGGUCCAGCUUUCAAAAAUAGUUCCUCGUGAUUUAUUGACCCCUUCCAAGAACGGGGAACCAUUUUUUAGGCUGAUAUAACGCAUCGCGGCUUUACUAUACCGUUUUUUAUCGGACAUACCGUAAGGACUCAUUCAGGCUGAGUACAGCCGCAGCGCAUGACUUUCCCUGAUCACUGACAACAUUUACAUUGCACUCUCAGGUACUAUUGAGACUCCACGGUGGUUGUUUGGAACAAUCUGAGGAACCUCGCCUGAUAGACCUGACAUGGACUAUGGAGGAGAGAAUGAACAUGUACCCAACGCACGCAGAAUAUCGCUUCACCAUUGUUUACAGAGGUGAACUGGCUCCUGGGUACCCCGAGUCCUAUCUGGAGUCCAACAACCUCUUCAUGUCUGAACAUACGGGAACUCACCUGGACGCGCCUGCGCACUUCGUGCCUGGGGCCUGGAGACUUGACGAGAUCCCGCUCGGUCACCUGACCGGCCCGGGAGUGGUGGUGGACGUGCGGGACAAGAUCGGGAACAACUCGGACUACGCCAUCACACAACAGGACUUACAGGACUGGGAACGGCAGUAUGGGCGCAUCCCUGACGACAGUAUUCUCCUGCUCCGUACAGGCUGGGGGGAGUGGUUCUGGGAACAAGGACCCCAGGCUUUCCUUGGCACAGACACUGAAGACGUCAAUCUGGUGCAUUUCCCUGGUCUCCACCCAGAGGGCGCUCAGUGGCUUGUAGACAACCGUAAUGUUAGGAUGGUCGCAUUGGUUUAGACACCAUGAGCCCUGACACCGGUGAAGCUAGUGCCAAGGCGCCUCUGGUCCACCGAAUCCUUCUGCCCAACAACGUCCUCAUCCUGGAGAACGUUGCCCACCUGGACAAGAUGCCCCCUACCGGUUCCACCGUGUACGCCAUGCCCAUAAAGAUCGGCCAGGGAAGCGGAGCUCCUGUUCGGGUCUUCGCGAUCGUGGACGGAAGAACCAGCACAGCGGGGCUAUCGACGCCAAACUGGGCCGCCAUGUUGUCUACUCUGCUCAUCUUGCAAUUGGCUGUUAUGUAAAAUGAUGCUCACGUGACGUUUCAAUUUUCGUCUUUAGGAUAUCAACAUAACCAUAUCAACUGUUGAGCAUAAUGACCUUUAAUAUCAUGCACACAAAAAAGAUACCUGUGGCUAUAUUUUGCAUUGAUUGUUUGCGUACACUACAUAAUGUUUGUAACGCCGGUCAAAAAAAGCAAAGUUUUUAUAUGAUUAUUUUGAGGUUUUCUAAUGUGAUUUUGUUCUCUCAGUAAUCUCAUUUGUGAAAUAUUCCAGGUGUACCUCAGGGUUCGGUGCUAGGCCCCCUACUGUUCCUUGUGUAUAUUAACGACAUGGUGGAUGGUUUAGUCACUUGCCCUUUUUUAUUUGCGGACGACAGCUCCUUAUUGGAUAUCGUGGAAAAUCCCAACUCAACAGCCAUUCGACUCAAUGGUGAUCUCAUGAAGAUUUCAUCUUGGUCGGCAAGAUGGCUUAUCCCUUAAAAAGUGAAGAAAUGCUUUUUUCUAAGAAAUUAAAUCCCCCUUACCAUCCACCUCUUUUCCUCAACAACUGUGUUAUUAAGUCCGUUAAAUCUCAUAAGCACAUAGGAAGUUUUUUAACAACCACCAUGUCAUGGGAAAUGCAAAUUUCAAAUAUGAUUUCCAAGACAUCUAAACGAGUGUCUGCACUUAACAAAUUGAAAUUUAGAUUACCUCGAACAGUACUUGAUACUAUUUAUAAGUCCUUUAUCCGUCCUCUUCUUGAGUAUGCCGAUAUCAUAUGGCAUGGAUGUACUUCAUGUGAUUCCCAACGUUUAGAACGUGUUCAGUACGAAUGUGCACUUACAGUCUCAGGGGCAGUAAGAGGUUCUUCUUACUCUUCGCUCCUUGCUGAACUUGGUUGGGAAAGACUUUCUGAUCGGAGACACGUUCACUCCUUGGUCAUGUUUUACAAGAUUGUUAACGGUCAUACUCGCCAGUAUCUUAAGGACUUGAUUCCUCCCGUAGUUUCUGUUUUUACUUCUCAUAAUCUUCGCAACAAACACAACCUACGGGUACCGAUUUGCACUACAAGUCGAUACCAAAAGUCUUUUAUUCCUUAUGCAACACAACACUGGAAUGGUCUUGACACUGCUGUUCGUUCACUUAGCUUUUCACUGUAUAAAAAACAUUUAAUGAAAUUAGUACGCCCCUCCAUCAAUAAACAUUUUAGCUACGGUCCUCGGUACACCUGCGCACUCCUUACACGCCUUCGCAUAGGUACCUGCAGUCUAAACCAAAGUUUAUUUAUCCGAAAUUUAGCUUCUAGUCCAGCCUGUAACUGUGGGUGUCGAUGUGAAGGUGUUGUGCAUUUUUUGUUAUACUGCCCUACCUAUCAACAAUACAGAACCAUUUUUUUCGACAAUCUUCAGAACCUGCUAGGCAAUUCUCUUGAUUUCAAUAGUUUAUCCGAAUCAGCCCGUAUCCAUUUACUUUUAAGGGGUUCAACUUGUCUGUCAUAUCAUACAAACUGCAGUAUCUUAAAGUUGACCCAGUUAUAUAUUGUACAUACCAAACGUUUUGCAACUACCUUGUAACCUGACUUAUAUGUAAAUAGCUGUGAAUUGUUUGUUUCGAUUCUGUCACUUUAUUUGUUCUUGUCAAUCAUCCUUUUUUGAGAGGUGAUAUGAAUAUUAGCUUUCUGCUAGAGUGUAUUACCUCUCUGUCCUGUCUGUACUUUGUUGUUCAAUAAUAAUAAAAAAAUAAAUAAAAUAAAAAAAAUAUUCCAAACGUAUGAAUGGCAUCCCGGGAGACAGAAUGUUCACAAUAGAUGUGGUAUUGAGAAAUAUCAGACUAAUAGAUCUACAAUUACUGAUUUUAAUUGAUAUUACCUAAACAGUUCUUUGGACACGAUGCCAUUGAGCUGCUACAUGCACAAAAAGCACAUAACUGGAGACCAGGAGUAACAAGACCAAUUCCUCACUUUGCGCCAUCUUCGCUUAAUAUCAAUAAAUAAUAACUCCUUCUCACGGCUCAGUCCCUUCCCAGGCAUGGAGAACCUUAGCCCAUGUCGAAAACUGCGAAUCAGCGCUCUCUCACAAAAUAAAUACCGCCGCUCCAAAGGUCUGCGAAGGAGGCUAAACAUUUUGAACAUUUGGCCAUUGACCGUGCCAUAGUGUUGACAUGUUUAGGCGGUACAAUGGCGGCCACAAACGCCUUUUCUUCACUUCUCAUCUUGAUAGUGUCCGGACUCCUUCUUGGUUGUUUGGGACAAUCUGACGAUCGCGGUCCGCGGCUGAUCGACCUGACAUGGUCCCUAAAGAGCGGCAUACCGGUCUUCCCCUUCUACCCUCCCUACCAGUUCACUAUUGUUCACAGAGGUAACCAGACUGGAGGCUACUACCUGGAGUCUAACGAGAUCGCCAUGAACGAGCACACCGGGACUCACAUAGACGCGCCCGCACAUUUCGUGCCAGGAGCGUGGAAACUCGACCAGAUCCCGCUCGGCCACCUGACCGGCCCUGGAGUGAUGAUUGACGUGAGGGAUAAGAUAGGAGACAACACUGACUACGCCGUCACAACGCAAGACUUACAGGACUGGGAACGAGAGUAUGGGCGUAUCCCAGAAGGUGGCAUCAUCAUGAUCCGUUCAGGUUGGGGUGAACAGUUCUUUGAGGAAGGACCAGUGCCAUAUCUGGGCUCGGACCAAAAGAACGCCUCCCUUCUGCACUCCCCGGGACUGCACCCAGAUGCCGCCCAAUGGCUUGUUGACAACCGUGAUGUGAAAGUGAUCGGGUUUGACACUAUCUCCGCGGAUACUGGAGACUCUACGACGUAUCCGACUCACAAGAUCCUCCUACCCAACAACAUCAUCAUCAUAGAGAACGUGGGCCACCUGAACGAGAUGCCCCCUACCGGUUCCACCGUGUACGUCAUGCCCAUAAAGAUCGGCGAUGGAAGCGGAGCUCCCUCUCGAGUUUUUGCCAUCAUUGAUGACAGAACCAGCACAGCGGGGCUUACAACACCGGAUUUCAUCCUCAUCUUGGCUUCUGCCAUUAUGCUUAUCGUUCAGGCUAUGUAGCCUUGAACUGAAUUAGAAUGUGCGUAACAACCUUACUGAAGUAACUGAAAGAUAUGAGUAGUUGUAUCUAUUAAAUAAAAGGGAUUGGUUCUUUGUGCUUGUAACCGUAGGUUAAGUAUGGUUUUCAUUUAAUUAGAAGAAAGAAUGUACAAAGAAUCGUGACUCCAUAAAUCUACAAACGCAUAACGUUAUAUUAGAAAGGUCAAAGUAAGCGAGAUAAAUACGUGUUAUUAUAUUGGCGAAGCCGCAGUGUAUUGUUUAGAUAUGUCAAGCCAUUCAUUGAGUUGACUGCUAUAACAGACAAGCACUGAGGGCUAGGCGUUUUCAUACGCACUCAAAGGAUUUCUUUGAUUGUUUGCUUCCUUGCUAAUGCAUUUUGUAUGUAGGAUAACUAAAAAGCUACACCCCAGAGGCCGUGUUAUUUUCCAAUGGAUUAUGUAUCGAUGAUGUUUAAUCACUCGGCAUUUUGCAGAAUUCCACUUGUGGUAAAUUACACGACGCGUCAAUGAUUUCAAAACAACAUGGUACUCAUGAUCACUGACUCCGUGCAGCCAAUGUAUUCUAUAUACCUACGUAUACAUGUUGAUAA